UCCUUCACGACGGACGGACGGUUUACGGAGUUUGUGCGAUUUCUUGUGCGAGCAGGAAAACGAGAAGUGAGCGGAGCUUUUUGGAUAUACAAAUCGAAUAGAAAAGAAAACACCCACCCGAAACAUCCAUCUAAAAUGGGCAACAUACACACUACGGGUCCGAAUGAGGCGUUAAUUGUUUCAGGUGGCUGCUGCGGCUCGACGAAGAAGCGAACCAUCGUCGGCGGAUGGGCCUGGGCCUGGUGGCUGGUGACGGACGUGCAGCGGCUGUCGCUGAACGUGAUGACCCUGAAUCCGAUGUGCGAGAACGUGGAGACGGCCCAGGGCGUGCCGCUGACCGUGACGGGCGUUGCCCAAUGCAAGAUCAUGAAGUCAUCUUCGUAUAAGAAUAACGAUUAUAAUAACGACGAGGCCGACGAGCUGCUGGGCACUGCCAGUGAGCAAUUCCUGGGCAAGAGCGUCAAGGAGAUCAAGCAGACCAUACUGCAGACCCUCGAGGGACACCUGCGCGCCAUAUUGGGAACGCUUACAGUCGAAGAGGUGUACAAAGACCGCGACCAGUUCGCGGCCUUGGUGCGCGAGGUGGCCGCACCUGAUGUGGGUCGCAUGGGCAUCGAGAUACUGUCCUUUACCAUCAAGGAUGUCUACGAUGAUGUGCAGUACCUGGCCUCGCUGGGCAAGGCGCAGACCGCUGUGGUGAAGCGCGACGCCGAUGCCGGCGUGGCGGAGGCCAAUCGAGAUGCCGGCAUACGGGAGGCCGAGUGCGAGAAGAGCGCCAUGGACGUCAAGUACUCGACGGACACCAAGAUCGAGGAUAACACGCGCAUGUACAAGCUGCAGAAGGCCAACUUCGAUCAGGAGAUCAACACGGCCAAGGCCGAGUCGCAGCUGGCGUACGAGCUGCAGGCGGCCAAGAUCCGACAGCGCAUCCGUAACGAGGAGAUCCAGAUCGAGGUGGUCGAGCGGCGCAAGCAGAUCGAGAUCGAGUCCCAGGAGGUGCAGCGCAAGGACAAGGAGCUCACUGGCACCGUGAAGCUGCCCGCCGAGGCGGAGGCCUUCCGCCUCCAGACCCUGGCCCAGGGCAAACAAUGCCAGACCAUUGAGGGCGCCCGCGCCGAGGCGGAGCGCAUCAGGAAGAUCGGCGCGGCCGAGGCACACGCCAUCGAGUUGGUCGGCAAGGCCGAGGCGGAGCGCAUGCGGAUGAAGGCUCAUGUCUACAAGCAGUACGGCGAUGCUGCCAUCAUGAGCAUCGUUCUCGAAUCGCUGCCCAAGAUUGCCGCCGAGGUGGCUGCUCCGUUGGCCAAGACCGAGGAGAUUGUUCUGAUCGGCGGCAAUGACAACGUGACCAACGAUGUGACCCGCCUGGUGGCCCAGCUGCCGCCGUCGAUCAAUGCCCUCACCGGUGUGGAUCUGUCCAAGGUGCUGGCCAAGAUACCCGGAGCCAAGGCGUGAGACCUAAUGGAGUGGGACAUCCAGCACAUGGCAAUGACAACGUAACGCAACGCAAAGGAAUUGUAACUGACCAGGAACGAGCAAAAUAGAGAAAGUUGGAGCUAGAGAUGGGGCUGGUGCAGCGAGAUAGAGAGAGAAGGAGAGAACGUGGAGCAGGCAUUUGCUAGAGCGAGACGCAGCAGCAGCAGCAGCAGCAGCGAGAACGGGAGGCGUUGCCAUCGGGAAAUGCAAUCGAACAUAGCAAAAUGUACUCCGAUAUUAUAUUUAUAUAUUCAGACACAAGCAGAUGUGCCUGUCUGUGUGUCUGUGUGUGUAUGUGUGUGUGUGUGUGUGUGUGCGCUUGGGUUGUGUAACAAUCAAAAAAUGAACGUUAAUCUCAGCUAAAGUUACGCAUUUCGUACGCAGCAUUUUGUGGCCUUUUCUCCAGUUGAACAGAAUCAAAUACAAACAAAGAAACACAAAGCGAGAAAGCUACUUAUAAACGUAUAUUUAAAUAUAUAUUUACACACGUCUACACUCUAUAUAUGUACCAUAUAUACAUGCAUAAAGUACAGUCUAUAAAUUAUGCUUACAUCUACUUAAGCCACGAAAUUGUUCUUCGAGCCUGCCACUGGGGGCCGCCCACCACAUUUGUGAAGCUCGCUUCCAUUGCCAAAAACAGUGUUGUGCAGCACUCUCUCUCUCUUUCUCUCUCUCUCUUUCGACUCACCACGAACUCCUUUGGGUUUUUGCAUUUCCCAACUGUUCAAACUACUGAAACUGCCCACGAAUGGACCAAAGGAGCGAGAGAGAGAGAGCGAG